UUUAACCAGUUAACACCUAAAAACCCCUGCCGAAAUUUAAAAUUCUGCACACACAGGUCCCUUUACCUGGAAUAAUUCUCUCAAAUGGCGGUUCACUGGGCUGUGUGAGUUUGAAAUUUUUGGUCAGAUAUUGAGGUUUUUUGUUUGUGGGACGACCCGAGGGUUGAUUGACGACCGGUCGGAUUGAAUUACAGGUCGCGUCCGGUUGCCAUAGCGGCGGCCGCCCGACACUCCGCAAACUUUAGCCGCCUGAGAAAUCCCAGGGCGAGAUAUUUACACCGCGAUUCUCACAGGGAAGGGUUCGGGGCUCCUCACAACCGUCAGCGGACGUGAGAAAGGAUGGCCACGGCGGCGGCAGCGGUGAAGGGUGGCGGGGCGCCGAGCAACAGGGCAGCCGCCUGCAAUAUUUGGGCGCUCGAUCAGAUAUGGAAAGCACGCAUAGCCCAAGAGCACAGGGCGUACAAGAAAUGGCCCAUGGACUGGGGCUUCAUGGCUACGGAUUAUAAAGAUCUCGUGAAGGACGAGAUUCGCCCUCGGGAGCAUCCGAAACUGGAGAUGCCGGAAACGUUACGCCUGCCCCCUAUCACUCCCAUCGAGAAAUACAUCAAGGUAGACAAGUCGCCGCCGCUGCCCCGGUCUUCGGCCGGCUACAUCGGCUGGCGGUCGGGCGACAAACUGUACAACCUGGAGAGGUACGGCGGCUACGCGCGGGGAAAGGGAGGGCUCAUCCGCCAGCUCAAGUGGCCCGACGAAGGGGUGGACUAAGGACUGCCCGUUUCCAAUGAGAUUCUUCAGGACUAUGAGCCACAAACAGAAAGGACAUCAUCGGGAGAGACGUCAAAUACAGUGAAAGCUGAAAAGAGAAUGAUCUUAGCACAUUAAUAUGCAAAAACUUGUUCCUUUGAGAAAGACGUUAUUUUGGCAGAGGAAACUAGUUGAGGAUAAUGAUAAACCUGUGUAUAACUAAACGGUCAAAUGCAUGCUUGACAAUUUAGUGUAGACUGACAACACAAGUUACAUGUACUCUAAGAUACCUUAGGUAUUUUCUCCUUGCUGCAUAAUUGCUUGGUGAUGAUGUAGACAAUAUGUAUAUUUUUCUGAGUCCAUCACAGUUUAAGUUUUAUAUUAUAAUGAGGUGCAUAUAAUACAAAUGCAUCAAGAUAUUGUGAAGUCCAUUGUAUGACCUCCAGCAAUGCCGUCCUAUGAAGCCACACUUCCAAUACGUUGAAGAACUUUCCAAGAUUCACAUCUUUGCUGCUACCGGCUGUUUAUCUCAGCUUUGAAUUCUAUUUUGUAUAUCUAUGAUCAUAUUUAGCUUUUUUGAAGAAGAGAGUGUUGAAUCGUAUUGCACAUCAUGUAUAAAAACUAUUUUUGACCACCAUUGUAAUAAUAUAUAUAAUAGUACACAAUUUAGGGGAGAAACAACUGCUGUUUUUACAAGCCACAGAAGACUUCUUAAUGAAUAAUGAUCUUAAAUUCAAAA